UACGAUCCCUUCCACCCCACGGAUGAGGCUUAUUCCCCGCCGCCUGCCCCUGAGCAGAAGUAUGACCCCUUUGAGCCCACGGGCUCCAACCCCAGCUCCUCGGGGGGGACACCCUCCCCUGGGGAGGAGGAGGAGGAGGAGGAGGAGGAAGAAGAAGAAGAGGAGGAGGAGGAGGAAGAAGAGGAGGAGGAGGACGAGGAAGGCCUUUCGCACAGCAUCAGCAGGAUCUCUGAGACCCUGGCGGGCAUCUAUGAUGAUAACAGCUUGAGCCAGGACUUUCCCAGCGGGGAGAGCCCAGGGCCUGAGCCGCCCCCACCCCCACCCGGCUCUGGCUCCCCUCCCCAGGCCGACUCGACCCGGGUGGAGGGCGGCCCCCCGCGCCGCCGGGUCUUUGUGGUGGGGGCUGAAGCAGAGGCUUCAAGGGGGGAGGGCAAGCUGUCCCUGGAGGUGGUGACGACCGGGGCCCCCUUUCCUCCGGCUGCCCCACCCCUGGACUCCGAGAUCGAGGAAGGGGAGAUUGUGCAGCCAGAGGAGGAGCUGCGCUUUGCCCCUGUGGCCCUUUUCCGAGGAGCGGGGGGCAGAGCACCCAGGCCUGCUCCUGCCAUGGCAACUGCUACUGCCACCACCCCAGCGCCGCCCCUGCCCCCUCCACCAGCUCGGGGCCCAGAGGGAGACGACUUUCUGUCGCUGCAUGCGGAGUCUGAUGGGGAGGGGGCCCUGCAGGUGGACCUGGGUGACCCCGUCCCCGCUGCGCCUCCCGCGACAUCCUCGGACCCCCGCUGGACCGGCUUGGAUCUCCGGCGAAAGAUUCUGACCCAGCGGCGGGAGCGCUACCGUCAGCGGUCUCCCUCCCCGGCUACAGCCCCCACCGCCCCGCCGCAACCACCCAGGAAGAAGUCCAAGCGGGAUCACAAGCGGGAGGUCAAGGAGACAGCAGUCCCGCCGGCCCCCCCCAGCCCGCCAGCCCCUGCAGCCUGGGACCCCAAGAAGCACCGGUCACGGGACCACAAGCCCAGCUCUCGGUCGUCACGCCGCCGGUCACGCUCCCGCUCCCCACGGCCACGGUCAUCCUGGUCGCCUGGCUCUGAGAGGAGGCGAGGAGGGCGCAGGUCCCGGUCCCGGGAGAAGCGGAGGCGGCGGCGGCGGCGGUCAUCCGCGUCGCCCCCUCCAACGUCUUCGUCCUCCAGGCGGGAGCGGCAUCGGGCCAAACACCGCAGUGAGGGCAGCAGCAAGAAGAAGAAGAAGCGGUCUCGGUCCCGGGGCGAGAAGCGGGGCGGAGGAGACCCCGAAAAGGUCUCAGUGGCUGGGACAGAGAGGGAGGGCCGGCGGCGGGGAGCUGUGCCCCCGUCCAUUCAGGACCUCACGGACCACGACCUCUUUUCCAUCAAGCGGACCAUCACGGUGGGGAGGGCCGAGAAGCCCGCAUCCCGCUCGGCCUCUGUGGCUGGGGGAGGCCCUGCCCCGGCCUCCCCCCCGCCCAAGCGGGAGGUCCUCUAUGACUCGGAAGGGCUGAGCUGUGAGGAACGGGGGGGUGGGAAGGGAUCCAGCGAGAAAGAGCGUAAGCGGUCAGCAGCCCUGGCCCCCCGCGAGAAGGGCAGGAAGAAGGUGGCCUCCUCAGAGGGGACGGAGCGUGAGAGGGACAAAGGGUCCAAGAAGGCCCGGCCAUCCUCGGGCAAAGAAGCUGCCCCUAAGACUGCCAGUGGGAGCAGUGGGCGCAAGGUCAAGCUCCAGUCCAAGGUGGCCGUGCUGAUCCGAGAGGGAGUCAGCAGCACAACCUCUGCCAAGGAGGUGGCCACAGCCACUGCCCCCAGCUCCAUCGGGGUCAAGUUUAGCCGUGACCGGGAGAGCCGUUCUCCCUUCCUGAAGGCCGACGAGAAGGCUUCAGGCGAGCCUGGGAAAGGGGUGGCCCCAGGAGGCCCCAAGCUCAAGAAAGCCAAAAUCAAGGCCAAGGCCGGCCUCAAAAAGGUCAAGGGGUCAAAAGUUAAAACGAAAGGCACCAAGACCAAGAAGAAGAAGGCUGGCGGAAGCAGCACUGGGGCGACCCUGAAGAAGUCCAAGGCUGACAGCUGUAGCCAGGCUGGCCCCAAGGGAGCUGAGGAGACCUCCUGGUCGGGGGAGGAACGGGCUCCGGGCAAGCCCCCCAGUCCCCCUACUCCAAAGGCAGCCCCGCCGCCCCCAGCCCUCACGCCCGACUCACAGACUGUGGACAGCAGCUGCAAGACACCUGAUGUGUCCUUCCUGCCUGAGGAGCCAGCCAGGGCUGGAGGCAGGGGUCGAGGCCGGGGGGACCAGGAAGAUGGGGAUGACGAAGAGGAAGAGGAGGAGGAGGAGGAGGAGGAGCAGCCUGGCACCACCACGGCCUCUGGGGGAGGAGGAGGAGGAGCAGUAGGGGGAGGCAGUAUUGGCACUACUGAGACCGCACCUGAGGAGGGGCCCCCAGCCCGGGCCCCCCAGCCCCCUGCCCCUCCUCCCCCCAUGCCUUGGAAUUUGCCGGCUGGGGUGGAUUGUGCCACCAGUGGCGUGUUGGCCUUGACUGCCCUGCUCUUCAAAAUGGAGGAGGCCAAUUUGGCCAGCCGGGCCAAGGCCCAAGAGCUGAUCCAGGCCACCAACCAGAUCCUCGGCCAUGCAAAGCCACCCUCGGCCUUGGGGGGGGCUCAGGCCCCAGGUGGGACUGUGCUGGGGCUUCCCCCUGGGCCCUCGGGCUACCUGCUUCACAGUGGGGGCAGUAUGGGGCUGCCUCUGGGUGGCUGUAGCUCCUCUCCCCCCUCACCCGGGGGCCUGGCGGGGGGCCCUGACCGCAGGGAAGGCAGUAGCAGUUCUGAUGGGCGAAUGGACACCGACAAAUACCUGAAAAAGCUGCACACACAGGAGCGGGCAGUGGAGGAGGUGAAACUGGCCAUCAAGCCCUACUACCAGAAGAAGGACAUCACCAAGGAGGAGUACAAGGACAUCCUUCGGAAGGCCGUGCACAAGAUCUGCCACAGCAAGAGUGGAGAAAUCAACCCCGUGAAGGUGAGCAACCUGGUCCGGGCCUACGUCCAGCGCUACCGAUACUUCCGCAAGCAUGGCCGCAAGCCCGGCGAGCCGUCGGGACCCUCCCGGCCAUCCAAGGAGCCGGCACCUCCUGACAAGUGCGGCCCGGUCCUGCCCGUGCCCCCGCUCUGAGCCCCCUCCCCGCCAUAUUUAUGUCUCUCCUUCCUUCCUUCCCUCAUGGCCACAGCUGAGUGGGAUUGGGGGUGAUAGGGGAGGGGAGCUGCCCGGCCCCCCUUCCCCCAGGCCCACUUCUUUCUCCCUCCCCCUGCCCUUUCUCCCUGGCCCUAGUUAAGGAUUUCAUGAAAUGUUACACCCUCCA